UGAACCACUUCUUCGCAGAGGAGCCAUUUCUGUGAAAAGAUAGCCGUUUCUGGCUUGUCUUGCUUCAACCCCUCCAAUUUAAGUGGUGAAUUUGGACUAAAUUGAGGAUUUGUGAGCCGCCGACGUUGACACUGGUGAAGUCUGUGGUGCCGUCGGGCGAGAACGCCGUGUUUGCCGCCAUUUUCCCCGAAAUGGACGGUGAUCAGACAUCGGUCCGAGUCGUGGUACCGGACAUUUCCGAACAGCUAACGAACAGGUCCGAUGAACGCGGCCGCGGUGGCUUGCCCUCGGAUGAUCAUGCUAACCCCGUUUCGGCUGUUUCGGUUACUCAAGUUGCGGUCCCAGUGUCUUCUGUUCCCGUGUCACUACCGGUGGGUUCCUUGAUAGGAGUUUCAAGCACGGGAACUUUCAAUGUCAUCACUUCGGAUCAAUUGCAGUUGGCUGACACAGGAGAUGUCAAACAAGUCCUUUGUGGCACACUCAUAUGUGAAGCUGAAUCAGAACCUGAAAAAGAUGAUGAUGGAUCAAGAACUUGGAAUGGUGGUGAGAAAGUUGCCGCUGACGUCAUUAUUCAAGAAGAUGGAGAGCAAAAUGAUGAUACACCGAAUAACUCACAAACAUGGACAGACUCGAUCAAUAUGCCAAUCUUGCCCGUGAGAUGCAAGAACACAAAUGCUGAACUACAUAAAACUAAAUUUGGAUCAGGUGGUAGAGGCAGAUGUGUAAAGUUAGGGGAUCAGUGGUAUACUCCCAGUGAGUUUGAAGCUGUUUGUGGGAGAGCAUCCAGCAAGGAUUGGAAACGAAGUAUCAGAAUUGAUUCCAGAUUUGGCGGUCGGAGUCUUCUGACACUCAUUGAUGAAGGGGUGUUGACACCGCAUGCCACCAGCUGUACCUGUUCAGCUUGCUGCGAUGAUGAAACUGCGACUGGCCCUGUCAGAUUAUUUACGCCUUAUAAAAGAAGAAGACGGCGGGAAGGAGAAGAGCAAAGUAGAAAGAGGAAGAGGGCCACAACCAUUGACAGCACUGGAGAAGACAGUGAAGAUGGAGGAGGUGAGACACCACCUAAGGUCUCAACAAAUUGCACAAUCGGCUCGCACUUUGACACUAUCAUAUCAGAUGCCAUCAUGGAUGAUAAAGAAUCAUGGCGAGGUAACCAGUUUAAUGCUUCGGUCUCAAGUACUUCAGGAAAUCAGACAUCUCAAGCAGUGACUGUUAUGGCACCUACCAUGCUCACCACUCAGGCAACUGUUGAUCAGCUUCAGUCUGCACAAGAAUACCAAGUUGUUACUCAAGGACAUCAAGUACAACUUCAGCCACAAGUUCGGACUCAACCUGCUCAAUCGUCGUCAGAUGCAUUCCAUAGAUUAGAUGAGAUUGCUACAAAAAUGCAAAAAUUGACAAAUCAGUUUCGAAAAGCUCUUGAAGAGGCUCGGGAAUUGUCUCGUUUAGAAAAAGAGCAAAUUAAUAGGGAUAAUCAGGCUGUGAUUGAUAGUCAAGUCAGAGCCGUGUUUGAAUCAAGAGGGGGGUUGCCAGUUGUUGUGGAUCCAAUAGAAGCAGUUGGUCUGGAACCAACUACAGGUGCUCCCAGUGCUGAAAGCAAUUCUGAUACCAAAAAGUGCGCCAACUGCAAUAGGGAAGCAUAUGCAGAAUGUUCACUAUGUCGCAGAACUCCAUAUUGCUCUACAUUCUGCCAAAGAAAAGACUGGGGUAGCCAUCAAGUUGAAUGUGUUCGAACCGCAAGUGCAGAUCAAAAUGGACAGCAGAUAAUGCUUAUCGUUGAAAGUUCAGAGCAAGUCUUAGGCCAUACUGAAUGAGGUUUAGAAAACACCCAGCCUACCUUUGGCCAAUCGGUGCCGCCAGUUUUGCCUUCACUCCCACUUGGCUGGGUGUUUUCUAGGACUUGAGGUAAUUGCAAAAACAUCUACAGUUGAGCUGUUUUGGCUGGAGCCUUCAUGAAGUGUUAGGACUCUUGUCACACUCCCAAAGGAGUGAAUAUGAUUGUUUUUUUUUGUUGGUGUUUUUCUCCCAAUUUUUUGAUGUUUGCUUUUCAUCCCAAUUUUGUAAUGGACCUUUUAUUAUUUAAAGACUGUGGGGCCUUUUCACCAAGAAAUGUGCCGAUCAGUUUGUACGGCUGUGCUGAGUGGAAGUAUCCAGACUAGACAAAUUGAGAUGUUAAUGAUAUUGGCCUGAAAUGUAAAUGCUCGUAUCAAUGAUUUUGGUAGUUAUUAAAUGAAAUGAUAUCCUUAUUAUGUAGCUCUAAAAUUUUAAUUGAAAGACUGGUUUUUCUGAGUAAUAACCUGAUCAGGACUUGCUCCACUUUUAUUUGUGUGCCCCUGUAACUAUGGCUCUACCAAUCUAUUGAUUUUUGACGUUUUUCUCUUGCAUACAGUCCACAGUUUUAAGUUUUUGGAUGUAACUUAAACCUGGCUGAUUUUGAAAUGUUUUCACUUAAUUAAACAUGCUGUUGGUUUCUCUCUUCCUAAUGUGUCUUUGUAUUGAAGGUUUAUGUCAAGUUUCACUUUCUAUUGUUACCAAUGUGUUUCCAAAUGAUCUCUAAUCAAUAUUGGAUAUAUCACAUGACAGAAAUAGUACGCAUAUUUGUUGUAAGAUGUCUCAUUUUAUGUAAUCCAUGAGACUAUUAGUCUCAUGUGUCAACUGUUCUGGUUAUGAAAAUGAAUUAGUGUGUUUGAGACUUUUCAAUGUAGUAACUGCUAAGUUUCAAGAAAUGGCAAUCCUGAAAGUAAUAGUUUCAAUCAUUUUGUUCCACCAUUCUUACCAAAAGCUAUUUAUUGUUGAAUAAACAUAUUUUCCUGAAUGGGAACUA